UAUUAACGCUGUCAGCGUCCAAGUAGAAUGUACCCCUUAAAUCAAUGGGCCACGUUCACGGAGGUACGUUCAUGAUGAAAAAAUUCUCUAAUCAUGAAAAAAAAAAUAGAGGACGGAAAUAACGCUCGCAACACAACACCGGCAAGAGCAAAAACGUCUGCACCCAUUGGCUGGAUCUGUUAGACGACACCUCCCCUCCAUAACCAAAGUACAGGCACAGGCGGCACAGGCAGUAGAGUAAAAGGAAACUUGAUAUCGCCGGUUGGCAUUCGCGAUAACGCCGGAACGCAUGUGGUCAAAAUUGAAUAUAUCCAAAUAUUCAAUACAAAGGGUUUAAAAAACAAUAAUUCCGAUGAGUGACAUAGAGCCUGAUUAUGGGAGUGAUCAGGAGGUUUCUGCGAAUCAUUCAAAACUAAUCGAGGCAGUCUCGAAACUCGACAAAGGCCAAAGAGUCAAGAAACCUCAGCGCAGCGAACCAAGCUUAGAAGUAUCGGAAUUUCAUUUAGUCAAGAGUGGUAUAUCGGACAAAGAUGCUGUUCACAUUGAAGAAUUGGCUCAAACCCUCGGUGGGAAAGGACACCAUGCGGACAUUAGCAAAAAAUUACAGACUGCACGCCAAAAAACUAAAGUUUUGCCGAAACCUUUGGAAAAGCCUGCUGCUGAUAAAUUAAAAAGAGCCGUCGGCUAUGAGAACACGGUCAAGGAUUUACGUGCAUGGAAUGCCAUAGUAGCUAGGAACAGGACUGCAGAAACCUUAACAUUCCCAUUGACCCAAUCGACCGGCAGACUGCCAACGACAAAUGAGUUUGUCAAAAGAUUUAGAUUACAAUCGGAGUUGGAAAAAGAAUUGGAAAAGCUGGAGCCACCCAAACCCAUUGUUGAAGAAAAAGUUGACGAAUUUCCUCUGACACUGGAAGAAAUAAUGCAGAAAAGGAAAGAAGCUGCAAAAUUUCGUGCUCAACAGUCUUACAAGGAAGCUAAAGCUCAUCGUCAGAACAAAAUAAAGAGCAAAAAGUUUCACAGGAUACAGAGAAAAGCUAGAAUAAAGCAGCAAUUGAAGGAAUUUGAAGAACUUCAGAAAACUGAUCCUCAAGCUGCGCUCCUGAAAUUGGAAGAACUCGACAAAACUCGUGCUGAAGAAAGAAUGUCCCUCAGACACAAAAGUACAGGUCAAUGGGCAAAGAACAAACAAGUUCGGGCUAAAUAUGACAAAGAUAGUCGCCAAGUGCUGGCGCAACAACUGUCAAUCAGCAAAGCGCUGACUCAAAAAAUUCGAAGUAACGAUGACAGUGACGAGGACGAGGAAGUUCCUACCGAGGUUGCAAAGCCAUCGAAAAACGAUGAGGACAAUCCAUGGGUCAAUGGAGUGAAGACAUCCGAGGAGAUAAACGAUUUCAUCAGUGGAUAUCGAAAAUAUUGGGACGAAAAGAAUAAAGCUUCGAGUGAUCAAGGGAAAAGCGAUGAGGAAAAAAAAAGUUCAGAAGCGAAAGUGUCGAAGUCGGCAAUUCCAAAUCCUGUUGAAAGUGUGACGGAAGAGUACGAGGAUUCGGGAGAGAACGUUGACUCGAAAAAGCAGUCACAAACGAAAAUAAGAAAUAAAAAAAGCAGAGAAUUGUCGAAGAGACAUGGAAAAUCGUCAGAAGUUCAAGAAAAAUCUUCAAAUAAAGAGAAUUUAAACAAAAUGACAGAACUGAAAAAAGCUGGCACGUCAGACUGGUACGUUGAGCCAGUGGUUCCCCUUGUCCAGCCGAAAAAGAAAAGUCCAAAAAAAAAGAAAUCCACAACGAAGGAAGAAUCUCCUUUAAAACGGCAAGUCGACAUUGACGAUUUGUUCGAGUCGAUGGAGAAAAAAAUGCACAGUCGAAUAGACGCGAAAGUGAAAAAUAUUAAGCGAACACUGAGUUCCACUGAACCAGCAAUGAAUAAUAGUGACACGAAUUCGAAGAACAAGAAAAAACCAAAAGAUUACAACGUUGAUGAAUUGGCAUUCAAGAAACAAAAACUCCGUCCAGAUUUUGAUAUUGGCCUGGACGAGAGUGUUGGUAUAUCGGGCAAUCAGGCUAUAAAAACAUCAACCUCGUUAACCGAAGAUUCGAGCAUGCCCUUUAGCGCUGAUAACGAAUCUACGUCUCAGAAAAAAGCCAACGAAAUUGAUCCUAAUAAAUUUAUCAAUGUGAAACCAAAACAUCUGAUAACUCUAAUGCCCGACACGAUGACCAACGGGGAUGAGGCCCUCGACGACAACGAGGAAGACGAAGAUCAGCAAAAUAUUAUCAGCGAGGCUUUUGCCGAUGAUGACGUCGUCGAGGAGUUCAGGAAGGAAAAGGCAGAAGAGGUGAAGAAAUCUCAGCCGGAGGAUAUCGAUCUCCGACUGCCGGGUUGGGGUUCUUGGGGAGGGAAAAACAUCGUAAAUUCGACGCGGAAGAAGCGUCGAUUCAUUUUGAAAUUUCCAAAAGUAGCAAAACGUCGUGAUGAAAAUAAAGGUGACGUUGUAAUACUGGAGGAAAAAGAUGCGAAAAUACGUGAACAUCAGGUCAGCGAUUUGCCAUAUCCUUUCAACACUGUCAAGGAUUUUGAGGCGAGCAUUCGAGCUCCGAUUGGCCGGAACUUCGUCCCGGAAAAUGCCCACAAACGCUUAAUCCGACCGGCUGUAAAAACUAAAAUGGGUGCUAUCAUCGAGCCUAUGGACGCUCAAGCAUUGGUCAAGAAAAAUUUAAAACCGAGGAGACGAACAGCAGCCUUGAAGAAGGACAAAACAACAGUCGACAAAAUCCAAGUGUAGGCACGUAUUUCUCUAUGAGAUAUUCCAGAUAUUUUAAAUUUUGUUCCUUUAGUAAAAAGGAAAUUUAAUAUUGUUUGCUAAUGUGUAUAAUGUUAUGUUUACGUGAAAAAUAAAUGACCAGAUUAAUAUCGUA